AUGUCUUCAGACAUGCAGCAGGAUGCUGUCGAUUGUGCAACACAAACCUUAGAAAAGUACAAUAUUGAAAAAGAUAUUGCCUACAACCCAAUAUGGCACUGCAUCGGCAGCUACGUCACACAUGAAACCAAACACUUUAUUUACUUCUAUUUGGGUCAAGUUGCCAUCUUGGCCUUCAAAUUUGGAUAG